UUGUCCUUGUCUUAAGGCUCUUUCAUGUUCUUUGAGUCUAGCCGAUAUUUUUUUGUGCGGUCUCUCCAAUAUUUCCUUUGGUGCAUGUGGUGCGCCCAAUACCUUGUCCCAGUUGCAUUUGUGGUAAAGUGUCAGAAGUUAAGAAGAAGACGAGUGAGAACGGCGAAAUGAGUAACUGUGGGGAAAAGUUUUUUCGGUACAACAGCGAAGGAGUGAAGACUACCUGAGUAUUGUUGUGCAAAUCUUUAGGCAUCGGCCCUAAUCUUAAUUGUUUUCUGUUAUUUGGUGAGUCCAUUUAACGCAUCCAGUUAUAUAUCAGUUUCUGUGGCUGGUAGUUUCCUCCUCUUGGCCCUCUAACCUUAACCAUGGGGGACUCUUCGGGGGGCGAGGGCCCCCCGACGGUUAAUGCUGCACAAGAAAAUGACAGUUUAUCCAUUGAUUCUCAAAAUCGUCCGUUGAACGCCAUUAUUUGUAACAUUUUGCCACCGGAUUGCCAAAAAACUGCUGAAGAUAUUUCUAGGCUCCAGUAUUUUGAUGUGCCCUCAGGUGAAGAGUUGUCAAAGUUAUCGGCAGAGAUCCAGAUUAUCAAGAAUCAGUUCGAGCAAGACGCUGAAAUCCUGCGGGAAGUUGCCAAAAUCUCCGCAAACAUAAGAAGGACAGUAAAUCGGAAAACAAAAUAUGAAAUCACCGAUCAGGGGCCUUUUAUGGUGAUUGUGGAGGGGAUUACAGGUAAAGUGGGGACUCUUCAUCCUAUGAACUUUGGGAAGUUACUUCAAGCGCAGAAAGUUCAAGGGAUAUUGAAAAUUUCUAGAAAAGGAGCCAAUAAAAUCGGUUUGGAGUUUAACACCUCUGAGUCUGCAAAUAAAUUUUUAUCUAAUGAAACAUAUUCGACAGCUGGUGGGUAUAAUAAGUAUAUACCUCAAAGACUAGUCACUUGCCGAGGGUUGGUUUGGUCAUUGGAAAAACCAAUGCAAAAGCAAGGGUAGAUGUAGUUUCUGCGCUGGAGAUCAUCCAGUAUUUCAUUGUGAACUGAAAGAACAGUUUUAUAAGAAGAAACCAUGCCCGACAGACCACUUAAAUCAUGAAGGUAAAUGCAGCCUGGGUAAUUGCGAAAUAUCUCCAAAGCCAACUUGCAUCCACUGUAAAGGCUCUCAUCAGGCCACUGAUAGAUCAUGUCCGGAAAUGGACAGACAGAAGAAAAUCAAUGAGGCUAUGGCAUGGUACAACCUAUCCUUUUUUGAAGCGGCCAAACUCUUUCCAAGAGGCCCCAAAUCAAGUGAGUUUAAUCGCUCUAAUGAAAAUUUCCCUCCUAUUCAUAACACGGUUGCCCCCGUCUCUCAGCCUUCCCCUAGAUCUGCUUCUAAAACUUAUUCUGUCAUAGCAAAAAAGCGUAAGUCCCCCCAAAUAGAACCAGGGUAUGAUAGGGACGCCCACAGGGAUUGUCUCGUGCCGCCUUUGACUAGGCAGAAGUUGAAUCACACUGGCAAAAGUCAAUCUUCUCCCUCAUAUUUAAAUGACUUAUCGUCAGAGUCCGAGAUGGACACUGCUUCUCCAGGGGUUUCUUCCUCUGGUGAAUUUUGGUAUCGGUUUGAAAAUUUAAAGAAAAAAGUUUUG